UAUGUGUAAAAAAGCAGAGCCUAUCCACGACCAGGAGAAGAAAUGUCGAGGAAUUUGGCAAUGGUGGCCGUGGGUGUGCUCCACCUUCCCUCCCGCCUCCUAUCUUCGUCUUCCCGAAUUGCUUCCUCUUCUUCUUCUUCUUCUCGCCCUCAAGGUCUGCCACUCUCUGUCUCUUCAGGUGUUGCUAAGGUGGUUCUCAAAAAGGGCAAGACACAGCUCUUCAAAGACGGAAGUCCAAUGGUGUACAGUGGAGCCGUCGACAGGAUCAUUGGAAAACCGCCUCCACAGACUGGAGAUGUUGUCAUUGUCGCCGAUGGAACCGAGAAUCCCAUUGGUUGGGGUUUGUAUAACUCCGUUUCUAUGUUCUGUGUUCGCCUUAUGCAGCUCCAACACGAAUCCACCAGAGAUCCUUCUUGUGCACUCAACAUUGAGAAGCUUCUCCAAACUAGAAUCACUCAAGCAGUUCAGUUACGGAAUAGUUUAGGACUCCCCUCGGCGAAUACUAAUGCUUAUCGUCUUGUGAACAGUGAGGGAGAUAGAUUGUCUGGAUUGAUAGUGGAUGUGUUUGGAGAUAUAGCUGUGGUUGCAUCUUCUGCUGCUUGGCUUGAGAAGUACAGGAAUCAUGUGGAGACUUGCUUGAGCUCAAUCCAUGGAAUUAAUCACAUCAACUGGAGACCGUCUCUCGAUGUUCUCAAAGAAGAUGGGUUUGAUAUCUCGUCUUUGAAACUAACACAAUCAUCAUCUCCUCCUCCUCCUCCUCUCCCCGACAGAUCAAUGGUCGUGGAAAAUGGUAUCACUUACGCAAUCUCGCUAGAGGGACAGAAGACAGGGUUCUACACAGAUCAACGUGAAAACCGUCACUACAUAUCAACCAUCUCUGCUGGCAAGAGAGUUCUUGAUAUGUGCUGCUAUAGUGGUGGAUUUGCACUAAAUGCUGCCAGAGGAGGUGCUACCAGUGUCCUCGGAAUUGAUUCAUCUUUACCUGCUUUGGAGCUCGCCAGAGAGAAUGUAAUCCUCAACCAUAUGGAUCCGGAGAAGGUUGUCUUCUUCAAACAAGAUUCUACAGAAUUCAUGAAGGGUGCUUUGUCAAGGGGAGAGACAUGGGACGUAGUCAUCCUAGACCCUCCUAAGCUAGCUCCAAGGAAAAAGGUUUUACAAAACGCGGCAGGAAUGUACAGAAAUCUCAACUCGUUGGCAAUGAGAUUGACAAGUAGUGGAGGUCUGUUGAUGACAUGCUCAUGUUCAGGUGCCAUGACACAGAGCGGAAAGUUCUUGGGCAUUCUUCAAAGCGCCGCAGGAAUGGCGGGAAGGAAGAUCACAGUGGUGAGGGAGGCAGGAGCUGCGUCUGAUCACCCACUUGACCCAUCCUAUCCUCAAGGCCAGUAUCUCUCCAAUAUUCUGCUUCGGGUGCUCUGAGUUUUGGUGCUCAAUCAUUUUUUUUGUUAGGUUGGUUGGGGACAAAAGUAGUAUAGUUUGAACUUGUUUGGAAUGAGAAGAAAGUAACAGAUAUUUGGAGUAUCAGCUCUCACCGAAAUAACCAUUUUGCAAGCAAGGAUUUCAAUGUAUACAUGGACAGAUAAGAUUUACA